UCCGCUCACUUCUCCACAGCGAGGGGACUCCGAGAAUAAACAAUUCCCACAGACUGCACGCUCCGCACCGCAGUUCGCGCACAGUCGCAGUUUGAAUUGGUAUCGCCUUUUUUUUUUUUCUUCUUGUCAGGAGCAAAAUUUUAUUUUAUUUUUUUACCUUCCUGUGUGUUUUUAAUAUAUCAAGCCCUCUUCGCCAUUUCUGCCCGCUGCCUAAAGUGUCGCUCUCAUUGGAUUUGCCUGCCCUCCCGUCGAAUAACAACGAUGCGCCUCUCGGGCUGACUGCUGGGUGGACGAGCAGAUCCAGUUCAAGGGCGCCUGCAGGCGAGGCAACUCUCGCUCUUGCCGUGCCAACGCUGUCGCUCAAGGUCAUAUGAGCCAGUCCUGUGACAUUAAAGAGGAACAGGAAAGGGGAAGAGAAAGGUCACCCUGCGACACACUGAGAUCUGCAAAACAUAAAGGCGCCACUGACAGAGCAACAACCAGGCUGAAGGACAAACACACUGGAUAUCAACAACGAUGGAUUAUGCAAACAUCUCUGUGAUAGAGUCCCACUGACUUCGCCACUGCCGCUGAUGUGAGCGUGAAGGUGGGCCUUCUGGGAUCCUGUAGCAGUUAAAGGCAUACAACAAUGCCUUGGAGGCUUGCCUGCACCAGAUUCCCUCCAGCCAUGGUGGCUGUUUCACCACACUGAGCCAACCACAGAGAGGGAUCGCAUACAGCCGGUGCACCUUAAUUAAGCCUUUACACUCGCGCUUUGCAAAUCACAAGCGCUUUUUGGUUUCUAACAAGUGCGUGCAACUGCCAGCCAGAUGACUUGGACAGCUAUCAUUUACCAAUAGCAUUGCUGAGCUAUAAGAAGGGAUCUGAGUAUUGAACAUGACUCAUGGGGAGGAGCCUGGCCCUGAGACACACAAGGAUUCAGCUGUUUUAACUUAUCUGGAAGGUUUACUGAUGCAUCCAGUGGUGGCCGGGCCUGGGGCCACGGCAGGCGGGAGAUCCGAGGCUUCCAACAGCAAUCAGGAGCAGGACAAUAAAGUGGGUGGGCCUUUACCACAACCAAACCAUGACCCAAUGGUACCCAAGGCUGGAACCAAUGGGCCCAAGCUAGGUUCUUCACAACACCUAAAGAAGGCCCGGUUGCUGCGCUCUGGAGCAUGGAAUGAUCCAGGGAACCAGAGAAUGAGUUCACCUCCAGUGGAGCUGAAUGGCCAAGUGGGGACCUUGCAAAAUGGUGCCCUGGAGGGAUCUCCCCAUGCUGGAGAGAGUACCCUGUUGGCGUCUUUGCUUCAGUCAUUCAGCUCAAGGCUUCAGAGUGUAGCCAUGUCUCAGCACUCUAAUAAGCCCACUGGUGAGUGUUCUUCUCCGUCAAAGGCACCAGUUACAGAUAAAGAGCCACUACCUGUUUACGGCACAGCUUCCAGUCGCCUUAAAGGCCUCAUGAGGAAGAGCAAACUGCAGAACCACAACAACACCCCUUACAGCCGCCGGGGCCACAGUCAGGACAGGCCACCGGAGUCCCCUAGGUCGGCACACAGCGCCACACCUCCUGCAGCUCCCACAGCGACCGACUCUGUGUCCUGUGCAGAACGUUUGAAGGCCGUGGCCAACAUGGUUAAAAUCCGUUCUAGUCCUGCACCCUCACCCAAGCCCAGCGUAGCUUGCAGUCAACUCGCCCUCCUGCUGUCCAGUGAAGCUCAUCUCCAGCAAUACUCCAGAGAGCAUGCCCUCAAAGCUCAGCUCUCAGGAAGAUCUGCCAGUGAAAGACUGGCCGCCAUGGCAAACCAGCAGCAUGGUCAGGACAAAAGGCCACCAAGUGUGGGGGGGUCUUCAGACAAAUUAAGCUCCUUAUCGACUCAAAACGGAAUGACAACAGCCACAAUAACAACGACACUCCCUCGAACGGCUGCUACCAAUCCUCAGAAUCCGUCGCUACAGAGAGGCCACAGCCAAAGCUCUCCACCCACUCCCCCACACGCUCCAAGCCUGCCUACCAGGGAGAAGCGAGGCUUUGACACGCGUCCAACCCGCCCACCCCAAACAUGCAGCAGCUUGCUCCUGCUGCUGUUGAACAACCACAACAACCAGAAGCAACUGACCAAGAAUGGGCACCUGGAGGACAUCAGUGGACUUCUGCCACCAAGUGGCUCCUCUUCAGUCACAUCAGACAGUGAAUGUUCUGUCCAUGAGAGGAGCAACGCCAAGGACAGCAGUGACGCUGAGAGCUCCUACUCCAGUUGUUCUCCCAUUGACCUCUCGAUGAGAGGCCGCAGCAGUUUACAGGACACAGGGCCCAAAAGUACACCCCCUUCCUCCUCCUCCAGCUCCAUGUUCUCUUCUACCACUGCGUUCUCCUCACCCCCAGUAACAAUAUCUCCUCAAGCUCCUACCCAGCCUCCCACUACAUCAUUUUCUCCUUCCUCUAUGGCCGUUUCUUCUGUUUCAUAUCCAAUUUCGUCAUCUUCCUCCUCCUUUUCUACUUCUUCCUUGGACAAAUUGACCGAAUCCUUACUAAACAAAUGGAAGCCAGAGCCAUCGAGAUCAACUGUGUCCAAGAGCAAAGAGCCUGAAAUGAACCCAGACCUAAAAUCCCACCCCAAGGUCACACUCAUGCAACUUCUUCUUGAGCGCAGAAAUAAUGAAAUGGCUAAUAAGAGCACAGGUAGACAAGAUUCGCCCCUUGAUAUAACUAUGGCCAACAUGUCACGAAAUCAACAAAAGGGGUCAGUUUCUUGGGAAGAGGGUCCAACAAAGAGCCCAAUUGAAAGGCCUGCAGGCCCGUCCCAGUCCGUCUACUCGCUUAGCCGUGACACAGGUGCUGCACUGUCCCCAUAUUCAUACCCCUCUCCCCAUGUCCAGUCCAGUCCACUUGAUUUGUGCAAGUCUAAGACCUUCCCUGCUGACAAAGCGUCAGAGCCUGCCUUCAGCGCCAGUAAACUGUUACAAAAUCUGGCGCAGUGUGGCACGACAUCCCCACCCCCACCUACCUCCUCUGGAAAAGGGGCGAGCCAGGAACUCAAUGACAGCAGGGCCCAUGCUCUGUUGGAAAGACUCAAUACGCCUGCCAACAGGACCACCCCUACCGCGCUGUCUGAUGGAGCUUCAGGCAGUAGCACACCUUUCAGUCGUAAGGAACCUUCCCCACCUUCCUCACAAAUCGAGAACCUUCUGGAGAGACGUACUGUGCUGCAGCUCCUUCUAGGCACCGGUUCAACUGGUGCUACAGCCGGCCGCAAAGAAAGACCCAGUGGAAGUGGCCAAGGGAGUGCUGAGAUGGAGGGCGUCUGCUUUGAGAGGAGCCCUACUGCCUCCAUCCUCUGUGACAGCUCUAAUGGGUCCCCUUUGGAUGUAAAAAUCAAAUCAGAGCUUACGGAGGAUGUAGGGUCAUCCCUUACUAAGUCGGAGGACUUAAGCAGCAAAAAGAGACUGAGUUCCUAUGGGAAGAAUAGCCCGCUCUCCGAUUCUCAACAAGACCUAAAGACGGAACCAAGGCCUGCAGAGGUCAUAGCGAAAUAUGGCCUCCUGAGCCAGCUGCUUAAACAACAGACCACUACCUAUUACUCCAGUACUGCAACAAUGCAGCCUGAGCCACAGUCCAGACAAGUCAAAGAGGAGCAUAGGGACUAUCCAAACCCCAAUCCUAAAAGGAGACGGCUCUGCUCCGAACACACAGACAGAUUGAACAGCAUCAGCUCUCCGAGAGCAGUGGACAGUGGUAACGCCAACAUGUCUGCCUCGUCUACUGUCCAGGCAGACCCUGAGCAGCAGAGGGGUCUAAAAGAGGAGGAGCUUCCACCAAGAAGCCCUAUGAGUGAAACCCUUACCAGAGAGAGUCGUGGCUUCAACGUGUUGAAACAGCUGCUGCUCUCUGACAACUGUCUGAAGGAACUGUCCCAGCAGCCGCGACAGGGACUCAGUCCCUCUGUCCUGCAGACCACUGGCAAAGCCAAUGGCAACAUUCUCAGUCAGCCGACACAAAAUCAUAACUUCCUCCACCUGCCUAGCUGGCACACCCAUGGUUCCCUCAACUCAGGGCUUCCAAAUCAUCUAAGACCACUGCCCACCCCUCCUGAAGGCAACAACCCCAUCCGCCCAGCCCCAUGGAUCCGGCAACCGGUUCCAUGGCCCGCCACGCAAAAACGAGAGCCCCCUACUUUAAUCAAACAGGAGCCGGAGAGCCCCAUUCGGUGGAACAGUCAAGAAGACGACGGCAUGGACGAGGGUUGUGAGUCGAACCCGGACUCCCCGCGGCUUUCGCGUUCCAACCCGAUCCUGUACUACAUGUUGCAGAAGGGCAACAUCCAGCUGAGGAAAGAGGUGCCGGACCAGGCAGAAGGAGCCCGGCCCGUGAUCAGAGUGAAAGAGGAGCCAGUCAGUGACAUGCACACCUAUGAACGCAGCCUGAGCUCCACCCCUCAAUCACCAACCCACAAUGACAAGCACAGCCAUGAGGGCCAGGGGUUGAGCCAGUCGUCGCAGUAAACAGUUGUAUCAACUACAAACACAUACAAAGUGGAAUCAUGUCCAUUGACUCCUUCUUGUUUUAAUUUUUUUUUUGUGUACCUUGCCAAAUUGGUUUGAUGGAAAAAAAGAAAAAAAAAACUUUUUCACUUUUUUUUUUGUUUUUGAUUUGAUUUAAAAAAUGUAUUGCUGUCUCAAUUUUAAAUAGCUUCAACGUGGAAUGGUUAAAAAAAAAAGAAAAGAAAAAAAAAAGUGGUCCGUCUUAGCCUAACUCAUUAUUUUUUCAGCCCCUACUCAUACACCAUUAUUUUCGCACUACAUUAAGAAAUGUAAAGUCCCCGUUUAUUAUAUUUUGUGUCACACGUUUAAUUUAUCACUAAAGUGUACACACAUCGGUUUUUCCUGCGUUCCGGAAGUUGCCUCGUAUCAAACAUUCAGAGAACAUUUCGGGCAACGUUUCUAAUUGAUGAUUUAAAAAAUAAAACAAAAUAAAAAGAACGUCAGUGCUCAGCUCGGUGGAUAGUUUUUAAUUUUCUCUAUCAGAGCGUCUGUUAAUUUCCGAUGGGAUUUCAGAUAAAGCCAUUCCCAGAUAGUUACAGUGGUCUGAAUUGAAACAACGCACACGACAGAUUCACACUGCAGUACCUUCCGCUCCAGGUGGCGCCACUAUGAAUGCUUUUGUCUUGCCUUUCCUCAGAAUUCAGGGCUGUGGGGAAAGAAUUCAUCAGUGGAGAUUCACUCACUGUGUUCUGCUUUUUUCUCUUCUUCUGUUUUUUUUUUUUUUUUUUUUUCUUCCCCACCCUUCCUUUUUGUCGUGCUGAACCUUUAAGGGCGAGAUUCGACAGUGCAAAUUCAGGGUAAUGUGUUUGCAGAUCGUGCAGUUCUGAGCAGAUGGGUCAACAUGAGAGCGUGUGGCGCUUACAGUUGAGCAAGGCUGUGUAAACGGGUUUCUGGAGCAACAGUAAAAGAAAAAAGAAAAAAAAGGCUGCUUUGUCUGAGUGACUUAUCUUGCCAUCCUGGUAAAAAAAAAAAAAAAAAAAACAGAAGAAGAAGAAAAAGAGAGAGAGAUCCACACACAAAGAAGUUUGAGUGUGAUGCACGUGGCGCUUUUCUUUUCAUGCAAUAUAAAAGACUACCUGGAGUGUGCACUAUCGAAAGCUGAGCCCUCGGUGUCUUUUUUUUCUUUUCUUUAAAGUAUAAUUUAACAGCAUGUAAUGUAAUGGGGUGGGAUGGGAGGGGCAAAAUACUGUCAGUAUUGUUAUCUUUUCUGAAUUUGGUAAUUUGUGAUUCUUUUUUUUUUGUUUGUUUUGUUUUUGCUUUCUAUGUCAUAAUUUCUUAAACGUCGUGCUCCGCAUUGCGUGUUUGAUUUCGGUGGCAACCUCUCUCACUCAUAACGCGUCAAAAAAAAGAAUUGCAUGUCGAUGAAGAGAAGACCACAGGUACUCUGUCUGUUUUCAGAGCAGCUGGAGUCUAAUCACCGAGACUCCUUUUGUCUUGAAGGGCAUCUGGUGUCCGGCUCCUUAACUUUUCAGUCGUACUGUAACCUUUCCGGUUGAGCUCACUCUGCUUUGUUCAUCUCGUCUUGUGGUCUUUUUAAUACAUAUACUUCUGACAUACGUCUUCAAUUAUUACUACGUUUUCACGAUGGUUGAAUAAAUUGUGUACAUAGUACUUUCAGUAUGGAAGAUGACUAUUUUGUAAUGUUUAAAAAAAAAAGAAAAGAAAAGAAGAUAUUGCCCUAGUUUUUAAUGCCCUGAAAUGUAAAUAUUGAUUAUAUGCGUACAAGUGUACAUACGAAGGCAGAGGAUACUAUGCCCAUCUUUUUUAUUUUAUUUUAUUUCUUCUCUUUUUUUCUUUUGUUUUUGUUUGGUUGGUUCGUUCUUUGCAUGUGUCUCUAUGUGGUAAAUGAUAAUCUAUCCUGCGCUGUGUUGUGUAAUAAUGUCUGACUCUCCUCACUGCUGCCUGUUGCAUGCAGACGCAUGGGAACUACCUGUGUAUCCCUACUGGUGAUGGGGGAAAAUGUCAAGUCUUAAAAUAGGUCUUCUUUUUUUUUCUUUUUUUUUUUUUUUUUUUUCCUGAAUCAAAGAGCAAAAAAGGUCGGCUUUUAUGAGCAGCCCCUUAACAACAGCAGACUGUUGAACAAGCUGAAGGAUGUGAGGGAGGUGUGUAAUAUAAAUGUGGAUUGAAUAUUUUUGUGAUUUUUACUUUUUAUUUUUUCCCUUCUUUACUGUUACUGGUUAACUAAAGCUCUGUGAAUGAGCAUGGGGCUCUAGAGGGGGGAUUGACGUACAAUCAUAGAUCUGCAUUGUGCAUCUAAGAAAUACAUUUGUAGCAGCAAAUAUAUCUAUAUAUAUAAAUAUAUAUAUAAAAUGAUGGGUUUUUGUUUUUUUUUCUUCUUUUUCAUGUGAAGAUCUGAAAUGAUAUUUCUUUUUUUUUUAUGUUUUCAUUUUUGGUGUUCAUUUGCACUGAUAUCUUCAAAAAUAAAGUACUAAAAUGCA